AUGCAUGGUAGAUCUCAAAAUAGUAUUAAAUUACUAGCUGGUAAUUCUCAUAUUGAAUUAUGUAAACAAAUUGCAGAUAAAUUGGGUAUAAAAAUUGCUAGAGUUGGUGCUUUUCAAUAUACAAAUCAAGAAACAGCAAUAGCCAUUGGUGAAUCAGUUCGAGAUGAAGAUGUUUAUAUUAUUCAGACAGGUUGUGAUUCAGAAAAGAUUAAUGAUUAUGUUAUGGAAUUAUUAUUAAUGAUAAAUGCAUGUAAAGUAGCAAGUGCAAGAAGAAUCACUGCUGUUAUACCAAAUUUCCCCUAUGCAAGACAAGAUAAGAAAGAUAAAAGUAGAGCACCAAUAACAGCUAAAUUAUUAGCCAACUUAUUACAAAUUGCAGGUUGUAAUCAUAUAAUUACUAUGGAUUUACAUGCUUCUCAAAUUCAAGGUUUCUUUAGAAUACCAGUUGAUAAUUUAUAUGCUGAACCAAUAAUGUUAAAAUAUAUAAAAGAAAAUUUUAAUAAAGAUGAUUUAAUAAUAGUUAGUCCCGAUGCUGGUGGUGCUAAAAGAGUAGCUGGAAUAGCAGAUAAACUUGAUGUUCAAUUUGCUUUAAUUCAUAAGGAAAGAGCAAGAGCAAAUGAAAUUUCAAGAAUGGUUUUAGUUGGUGAUGUAAGUGAUAAAAUUGCAAUUUUAAUUGAUGAUAUGGCUGAUACUUGUGGGACAUUAUGUAAAGCAGCCGAUAUUUUGAUUGAAAAUAAUGCAAAACAAGUUAUAUGUAUUAUAACUCACGGUAUUUUCAGUGGUUCUGCAAUUGAAAAAAUUAAUGAAUCAAAAAUUGAUAAAGUUGUAUGUACGAAUUCAUUACCAAUACUGAAUCAUUUAAAAAAUUGUUCUAAAUUGGAAAUGUUAGAUAUAAGUUCAACAUUAGCUGAAUCGAUUAGAAGAUUACAUAAUGGUGAAAGUAUUUCAUAUUUAUUUUAUAAUAAUUCAUAG